CACGCGCACCGAGCGCUCAGCCGCAGCACCGGACACACUAACAGACCGCUGAUGAGCUCACACACACACACGAUCAACACAUACACACACUCGAGCUCGUCUACACGCUGCUGACUGAUAGAAAAAGUCCAUCAGAGACAGAAACACACAGAAAGAGAGAGAGAGGAGGAGAGAGAAAGAGAGAGAGAGAGAGUUUAGUCAUGAUGUCCUACAUGAAACAGCCUCAUUACUCCGUUAACGGGUUGACUCUGUCCGGUACCGGGAUGGAUCUCCUGCACUCCGCCGUCGGUUACCCUAACACUCCACGGAAACAGCGGCGCGAAAGAACCACCUUCACGCGUGCGCAGUUGGACGUGCUGGAGGCGCUGUUCUCCAAAACCCGAUACCCGGACAUAUUCAUGAGGGAAGAAGUGGCUCUCAAGAUCAACCUGCCCGAGUCUAGAGUCCAGGUCUGGUUUAAGAACCGUCGUGCCAAAUGCCGUCAGCAGCAGCAGCAGCAGACCAGCGGUCAGACCAAACCCAGACCACCCAAGAAGAAGUCUUCUCCGGCUCGUGACUCCAGUGCCAGUGAGCCCAGCGCCAGCACCAGUGGCCCCUACAGCCCCCCACCACCCCCGCCUGGCACCGCCAUCACCCCCAGCUCCAGCAGCGCCACCGUAUCUAUCUGGAGCCCGGCCUCCAUUUCUCCACUGCCCGACCCGCUGUCCGCCCCCAGCACCGCCUGCCUGCAGCGCUCCAGCUAUCCUAUGACCUACAGCCAAGCGCCGGCCUAUGGGCAGAGCUACGCCGCCUCCUCAUCCUACUUUACAGGCCUGGACUGCAGCUCGUACCUGUCCCCAAUGCACCCGCAGCUAUCAGCCAGCGGGGGCGCUCUCAGCCCAAUGAGCGGAGCCCUCAGCCAAUCGCCGGCCUCGCUUUCAUCUCAGGGUUACACCGCCGCAUCACUGGGCUUCGGCGCCGUCGACUGCUUAGAUUAUAAAGACCAGACGUCAGCCUGGAAACUGAACUUCAACGCCCCAGACUGUCUGGACUACAAGGACCAGAAUUCCUGGAAGUUCCAGGUGCUGUAGGCGGAGCUUCAGAUAAAAAAGGCGGAGUUUAAGAAACGCAUUCGUUUAGAAACUACAGAACUUUCUGUGCAGUUAAAGAGUGGGGGUCUCAUUUAUAAACCUUGCAUAGAAACCUUAUUAAUAGUGAACGUACAGCUGAAUAUGUUUAAUUUAUUUUUAAUUAUUAUGACUUUAUGGUCAUAUAUGAUGAUUAAAGUUGUUAAGUCAACAUUUAAAGUUAAAAUAGUUUCCUUGGAGUCUACUCACAGCUGCGCACAUGCUCCUGUUCAGUUUGUUUUUAAUAAAAUCAAACUUUUGCCUGUUAAGUGGAGUACGCUUAUUUGCACCUCUGGUUUUAUUUUGCAUACGCCAUGUUUAUAAAUAAGACCCCAGGUCAUGUGGUAUUCUAAAAGAAAACACUGAGCUUCUAGAAAUUUGCUCAUGACUGUUUUUCAAACGAUUUGAGGCUUAAUCAGAUUAUAAAGACCAGACCUCAGCCUGGAAACUGAGCAAAAAGGGCAUGAAAUCACCAAGAGGCGACACUCUAGUGCAGUUUGGGAAACAGCCACUAGAUGGCGCGGCGGCUAUUUUUGGAAUGAAAACUCCAAUAGAACGACAGCAUAUUAUAAGUCUGUAAAAUAAACGAUUAAAAGUGCUGAUGAUUGUGA